AUGCAUUUGACUCCGGUGCCUUUCUCUAGCUGUUUGAUCCCACUCAUGCUGCUGCUGCCAGUGUGUAUCGGGUAUCUCUGUCAGCAGAGAGGAAAGGAGCUGUGCUUCUCUGUACUGGUGAAGAAAUGUCGAUACUGCUUGUCGAUAGGAGAGACUAUCAUGGGAGCUGCUGCGAGGUACAACAGCGACUGGCUGCAGAUCUGGGGGGCCAACCCUGCGAUCCUCACCCCGGACAGCGUGGGCGCAUGGACUGAGCUGAGACUCGGCCCAACCUAUAUUACCCGACAUGGAGAUACACUCGACCUCCUAGCCUCCCGCUUUGGAACCAGCUCGACCAACAUCUUAGAGGCAAACCCGGACGUCCCUGUCGUGAACAACACUGGCCUUCUGACUGUCGGACAACCAAUCUGCAUCCUCCCGCGCGUUUGUUGGAUGCAAGCGCAGUCGGGAACGGUUGGAACUUUCACUCAAGUCUUGUAA